UAAAAAAAAAAAAAAAAAAAGAAAAAGACAGAAGCAGGAAGGAAAAAACUUGGUCAGUCACAGACUGGAGAAGCCUGCAAAUGUGUUCAUGCCACAGCAGACAUCCAGCGUCGACACUGUAAUCUGAAGCAAAGCAAUGGAUGUCCUCACAAAGUCACUGAGAGUCCCGCAACGGACCGAAAUACAUCCUAUAAUACAGAGUAUAAUGGACAAUAACCUUGAGAAGCUUCAGAAAUUACUGAAGGACAAGAAUCCGAAUGAACUCUACCCUGGCAGAGAGUGGGGUCUUAUAACCCCACUGAUUGCUGCAGUUGUAGAUCACAACAGGGAGAUUUGCACUUACCUUUUGCGUCAGGGUGUGGACCCAAAUAGACCUUCUGGGUGUGACUGGACACCUUUGCAUUAUGUCUUAUUGUCCAAUGCACCAGUUGUAUUUGUGAUGAAACUGCUGGAAGCAAAAGCAAACCCAAAUGGAUGGAGUGCCAUGGAAACCACUCCACUGCAACUUGCUGCUGUCUAUGAUCGUGGCGAUGUCAUGAACGUGCUCCUCUUUGCUGGUGCCAUGAUAACAUUGAUGCCUGAAACAUAUCAUAACCAUAUGAUUCACAACAAAAGAAUAGCUGAGAUGAUUCACAACUUUGCAUCCAAAGGAGAUGAUCAGUUCUCCAAAAUUGGAUAUUUUUUGGAUGUGGAAAUUGCUGUGAAAGAAGAAAAACCUGAAAAAGUGUUCAGAACCUUCAACCAACACAUGCUACUGGAAGAUCCUCGGACCCAUUUGACCAUGAUUGAAAUGUUGUUUACCGUUUCCGGGAAAGAAGAGGUAAAAUAUAGAGAGGGAAGUAUUAAAUGGCUAAAGAAGGAAACCAAAAAUGUGAAUACCUACAUCACAGGUGCAGUCAGUCGCUUUUCAAAAAUCCCUGAGACACAUGUAGGAAGAGCUAUCGAUAGUUUACAUGCAGUUUUCUGCACAAUGGAAGACAUCUGUAGUGAGCAGUCACUGGAUAUCAUCCCCCAACUCCUUCAACAACUUUGCAAAAAAGAGAGAUCUGACAUUUGGGCCACUGUUAUGCAAACACUGUAUGUGAUAACACAGAAAACAAAAGGCCCAAAUGACUGGGAUUUCAGCUUCAUAGAGAAGUUAUGCAAAACAGUUGCUCCAUUUGUAAAUGACCAGUACUCCUCUGACAUCAGGGUCUACACAUAUGGCAUCUUUGGCAACUUGCUGUCAGUUGAACAUGCAGCAAACAUUUUUACAUCAAUGGGGAUAACUUCGGUGCCUGAAGACAUACUGACAUCUGCAGGUUUGAAAAUGAAUGACAAGCUGAAAGAAGGGCUCAGAUGCUUGAAAAGUCAUUUCAGCAAACCAAACCUGGAAUGUGAGGGCAAUAAAGCCAAACCUGAAUCCAAGAUGAAAAAGAGAACUGCAGAAAACUCAGAAAUGCAAGAAGACCCAUGUGAUGAAGUUUGCGCUGUAGCAACUGAUCCAGCAACAACAGAUCUUGUUGUGGAAUCAACUUCAAAUGAGAAAUCGUCCCACUUGAAGGCCACUUACUCAUCAGGAACACAACCAUGGCUACAGCUUAGCAAGAGGUGGAAGGAAAAACUAGAGAAGCUUGUUGGCACCGAUAUAAGUAAAGUAACCAGAAUUAAAAGCCUUACUUAUGUCAAUGACGUUGAAUUCCGCAUCGCAAAGGGAAGCGAUGGUACUGAAGUCUUCUUGGGCCUGAGAGAUGAUGGCACAGAAGUUGCAAUUAAGAGAAUGUCUAAAAGCAACUAUCAAGCACUGAAGAAAGAGGAAGGAAUUCUACGACUUCCGAAGCUUGAACAUCCAUGUAUUGUACGAUAUGUUGAUGUUGCAGAGGAUAAGAACUAUGGAUAUCUUGCUCUCCAACUUUGUGAAUACACCUUGGAUGAACAUAUGAGAAAUAAUGAUGGUGGUCUGCUGAUGAAAAAGAAGCUGGUCUAUGAAGUUCUUGAAAGUUUAAAGGCGCUCCACUGUCAGAAUCCUCAAAUUCUCCACCGAGAUCUCAAACCACAGAAUGUUUUGAUUGAUGUUAGCGGGAAGGCGAGAUUAGCUGAUUUUGGCAUAAGCAGACGGUUACUGAAUGACCAAACAACUUUGCGUACAGCCAGCGCAGGGACAAUUGGAUGGAUGGCCACAGAGACUCUGACAGAAGAGUCUGUUGUUCGAUACAAGUCAAGCACUGAUGUACAGGUGGCAGGGAUGCUGAUCUAUUAUAUCCUCUCUGGAGGACACCAUCCAUUUGGCAAAACCUUUGUACGUGAGUUCAAUAUCCUGCAUGGGAAGCACAGUUUGGAUCAUGUUCAAGACAUGGUGGCAAAGGAUCUCAUCGAGUGGAUGAUCAAUAAAGAACCAAAGGAAAGACCCAGAGUGGAAGAAUGCUUGAGCCAUCCCUUCUUCUGGCCUCAUGACAAGCAAGUCCGAUACCUGAAGACGAUUGGUGACAGAAAGGAGGUGGUAAACCAUCGAAAAGCUGGUCCAGAACUGAUUAAUUCACUGGAAGAAUGUGUGGGGGAUGGAUCCUUCAAAGAGUGGAAAAAAAAGUUCCCACAAUGGCUGUUUCAGAAGAUGGAUCCCAACAACAAAGCCUACCCUGAAACUACACUGGCAUUACUGCGCUUCAUACGCGUCCUCUAUGUGCACUAUGCUGAGGAUGCAGUGAAAUUUGAUCUUAUUGCGUUGUUUCCUGAUCUCUUUGGAUACAUUUACAAGUUUGCCAAGACCCAAGGAUGGAAUUCAGAGACGCCCUUAAAGGAAUUGUUUAGUCGGGAAGACAUUCGGGCCAUCUUUGAGUUUCCAGCCAAACGUGAGGGGCAUCUGAGUACCCAAGUUCAAGAGUCUCAACCCAGUGGCUCUGAAUCCACCAAAGACAACAGUCCUCAAAAAUGAUUGAGUUUUACAAACAGAGAAAAAGAGAAACACACACACACGAGUUAUGUUUAUGUAGUCAUGGCAACACAGGUGACACUGAUAGUCGUGCCAGUUAAAAUGUUUAAUUCUUUUACUUUUCAUUGAUGUUGCUACACCAUUUGAGGAGAAAAUACAUUCAGGGCCUAAAAACAAUGAAUUUAAUCUCUUGAUGCCCGAAUUUUACAAUUUAAAAAAAAAAAAUUUUGUGUGUUUUUGCUUUCCAGAUGAUGCUAAAAUAAGUGCAGAUUGUUAAUUUAUCUAUUACACAUGGAACAUAGAUACAUAGAUACAUAGAUAUAUAAUAACGCCAUCUGUUGGGAAAACAUUGUACAACAGGACACAGAGUUGUCGUGAUUUGAUCAAACUUUGAAAGAGGUAUCUAUAUGUGUAGAAGUACUUAUACAAAUGAAAUAUUUAUAAAAGUUUUUCUUUUCCUGAUGUGUGUACAUUAUUUUGGUUGACUGAACUUAAUGAGAACAAAACUGUCAUUUAAUUGUUGCACUUAAAGCUUCUUUAGUGAAAACCAGCUGGUGUUCUGCUUUGAAACAAACUGCUGUUGAGGUCUGUGUUUUUAGGUUUAACCCCACAGUUUCUGAAUAAACUGAUAGUUGGGUUUUUUUUCCUUAUCAAUGUUGACAUUAUAAUUGAUGGUAACUUUUACUGAUCAGAUAAUCAGCAUGACAAUAUAACAGUAUAACAUUCUGACCACCUGACUAAUACUGUGUUGGUCCCUUUAUGCUGCUAAAACUCCUCUGACCCAGUGGUUCAUCAGAACCUCUGGGGAUGUCCUGUGGAUUCUGUGGAUCCUGUGGGUUGCAGGGUGGGUCCUACCUAGACCAGGCUGAUCCUGGACCAUCCCACAGAUGCUCCAUCAGAUGUGGAUGUGGGGAGUGUGGAACCCAGAUGUUCAGAGGGAGAUGAUGCCACAUCUGGUCCAGCUGAUGGAAGGUCUUGAAGUUCUCUGACUGGCCUCGACUGAAGAUGGUCGUCUCACUGGAUUUAAGGUUCAGAUGCUCAGUAACAAACUCCACCAAUGUGCCAACAGGGAAGCUUUAGGUUUAUUAAAUGUUGCUAUGAAGGUAUCGCUGUUUUUCUUUGUGAAUGCAAUGUGCUCCAACUGAAACUUGAAUUAGAACUUAGAAGUAAAUCCUUCUAUCUGAAAGGAUUUAGUUGCAUUAAUAACCUCAUAACAUUCUAAUGUUUAUUCCAGUCUUGGUUGGAAAUAGAAUCUCUGUAUUGAUUCAGGUAAAAACUGAACUUCACAGCAUGUUGGAGCAAAACAACCAGAUGAAAACUGUGAUGGUGUUGGAUUGUCAGACCGUAAUGUUGCAGCUCAAAGCAGCUUUUCUAUCUCAGUUCAUUCUGACAUUCAGCUAUGAAUCAACACAGCAGAUGGUGAUCCAUGCUGUGGAAGUCUCACAUCUCCUGAUUUAAUGGAGCUGCUUUGCACUUUUUACACUGUUUAUUCACCAACACUUUAUUUAAUAAAAGUCCCAUCUAGUUUUUAUGAGGAAUGUGAUGUUUUAAUUUCUCUGUGAAUAACUGCAGUCUUAUGUAACAGCUGGAAUUGUAACAUCUGUCCUGAUAUUGAUCAUGAAGUAUUGAUCAGAAUACUUAUGGUUAGCAGUAAUCCCUGAAGUUUUACAUUAAAAUCUUUACUUGUGUUGUGAACUUUGGUAAGAAGCAGAAAUGUUAGCGUUGCUAUGGAUACAUGAGUGUUAAAUUCUGUCCAUGUUUCAUUUUGGGAAAUGCAGUCCAGCAGAUGAGUUUGUUUUUACUGCCAGCUACCAUUCAGUCUGAGAUAUUAAAAAUAAAUAAAUAUGCAUAAUGUGGAAAUUAGCAGAUUUUAUUUUUAUUUAUUCCUACAGCUGCUGCAUGGAAGUUCCAGAAUGUGGAGGAAUUUAGUCUCACAAUCACAGACAAUAAAUAUUAUCUGAAAGUUGGGUUAUUGUUGUUUAUCAGCACAAUACAAAAAGAUUAAUGUUAGAAAUAUUCCAAUUAAGACUGUAGAAUAUCAUGAUUUAUGUAAAUUUACCUCAAUAAUAUGAAUGUUCAGGUUAAGAUUCUGCAGUAAUAUUUAUAAUGUAACUUUAGCUGAUUAAAUUUUAUGACUCUGCACUAAAAUACUAUUUAAAUUUACAUCAUUGUAAUAUUUAAGGUCAGACCCUACAAUAUUGAGAUUAAGAAAUCAAAUAUUCUAUAAAAUGUAAAUACACUGAACUCAUUUGGAGAUAUUUAAGUGAGACUCUACAAUAUUAUUUGACACAAAUCUAUCUAAAUCAAAAUUUUAAUCAUUUUUACUCCAAAUAUGUACUGGACUGAUUUAAACAUUAAAGUCACUCCUUUCUAAUCCUCUGCUGUACGUUCAAACCUGAGGCCUUAAAUAGAAACACACAAGUAUCUGAUUGAAGGAACUUCUGCAGAGUCCUGGUUCCAGAACAUGAUGAUAGAAUUAUAGACAAACUUUAACAAAAGCUGCCUGAGAGUUUACAGGUUUUUAUGUUAGAUUUCUUCAGUAAUUUAAUGAGAGUUAUCAGCAAAAAUCAAGUGAUCACUUGAUGAACUUCAUUUCCUAAAACAUCCAGAAUUGGAGCUCAUAUCUUUGGCAGCUGUAAAGUUUCUGCUCCUUCAAAGUUCACAACACAAUGAAUGAAUUCCUAAAACACUCUCAAUGCUGGAGAGCAUUUGAUGCUGAAGCAGUGACCAGUUUUUCUGUUUCUUCUCUGGAGAUGCACAAUGAGGGACGUCUGCAGCGACUGAGAAAGAGUCUCACCACAUCCUGACAUGAGGAAAAAGACUUUAUUGAAGACUACAAUGAGAAAAACUAUCCAGACAGCAGACGGCAUGCAUUCAAGUCUGUAGCUGCUGAAUUCAUGGGUGAAUCAUCUGGCACUAGAGAGGAAGACCAUCAAACAUCCACGUCAGUUGAUGGAGGUCCAAGAGUCUCACCCAACAAACAACCAACAGAGUGAAGACCUCGAAUCUGAUUGGACGGCCUCCUAUUCAGCCACGUGUGAACAAAUGCCUCUAAGCUGAUUUGUUUCUAAAAUAAAUGUAGUUUGAGUCCUAA